UUUGGUGUUGAGUCUGUUGACAAAGCCGUAUUUGUACAGAAACCGUGAAAAAUUGAGAAAAAAGACAAACUUGGGGAUAAGAGUGUUAGGGUUCUACUGGACUAUGUUCAGAUUUGGGGAUUUGAAGGCGGUGCAUAAGAAGAUCCAGAUAUUUUCGUUUUUAGACGACACUAACCAGUAGUUCAGAUAUUUCUACUGCACUUGUGUAUUAGAUUCACUCUCCUACUGCAACCUCACGCUUCUCUUCUACGCUCCCAACCACUUCCCCUUUUUGUUGGCGUCCAGUCCUAGAGGUUCAGUUAGCACUGAAUUGUGUGUCAUGGCGGCAACAAAUGUGUCAAGCUUUACGUCUCUGGCACAGACUUUCUCAACCACGCGGUCUCUUCCUAGUUCUAAAGCAAGUUCAUGUGUUUCGCAUCCACUUGCUAGUGGUUUUGUGGGCGCUUCUCUGCCAAUUACUUCUCCAAAGAAGAGAGUAGUUAAGAGCAGCUGGAAAGUGAGUGCUACUGCAGCUGUUGAGACUGCCCCUGUGGAGGAGGAAAUAAAAGAUUUUAUCCUUCCAUCCUGGGCUAUGUUUGAACUUGGGCGGGCUCCUGUAUAUUGGAAAACUAUGAAUGGUCUUCCUCCAACAGCUGGGGAGAAGAUUAAGGUUUUUUAUAACCCAGCUGCAAAUAAACUUGUUCCUAAUGAAGAAUAUGGAGUUGCGUUCAAUGGGGGUUUUAAUCAACCGAUAAUGUGUGGUGGAGAGCCAAGGGCAAUGCGCAGGACGGACAGAGGAACAGCUGACGGACCUAUAUUUACCAUUCAGAUUGUCAUCCCGAAGCAUGCCCUUAAUGUGAUCUUCUCAUUCACAAAUGGAGUUGAUUGGGAUGGCCCCUACAGACUGCAGUUUCAAGUUCCAAAAGCUUGGCGGAACAGACCCAUUGAGUUCUUCAAUGAGGGACUGGCAGGAGAGUUGAGCAAAGAAGGCGCGUGUGAAAGAGCAAUAUUUCCAGAUAGUAGCGUUAUUGUUCCACCAAGUUGUACUAUGGUUGGCAACUUAUCUGUUGAGGGAGGUGAUCGUUGCGAUCUAGAUCUAGUUCCAGGAUGCAUGGAUCCUAGCUCGCAUUUGUUUGAUCCCCUUGCCAAUGUAGAUGAUGGAUCCUGCCCCAUUGAUAUGUCUGAUUCAGAGGAAUAAGAAUGCAGAGUUUAUGCUUUCCCAUCACUAUACGUAAAUAUGAAACCAGUGUCUGAUACAUUUGCAACAUCAAUGAGGCAUUGAGGCUGCAUCACAUCAAGGAGGCCAUUACUUCUGAUGACCCUCCAUGUAUAUUCUAAACCCUAAUAUUGUCUACAUUGAUCAUAUACUCCCCCUCAUGCUGUUAUGAGAGAUCACUGGCAGGAAUACAAAGAACAGUAACUGCUAUUUAGGUUUAAUCCACCGUGGUUGUCUUAUAAUGUAUCAUUGUGUACUUAUAAAAUAAAUUAGUUGAAUAAAAAGCGUAUAAGCUAGCUAAACGUCUGGCGUUUU